CUAUGCUAAUUGUCCUCCUUGCCUUGGCUAUCUUUGUGACAUUAUGUGAUGCUUUUUGCACAUAUCUUCCUUUGGAGAUCCGUUUAGGGAUUCCAUUAAAAGGUUGCAGGGAUGACAGAGGCAAAAUGCACAAAUUUAACUCUGAAUGGGACCAGGAUUGUAUGCAUUGUGUAUGUCAUGAAAGUAGUGGAAUAAUCUGCUGUAGCAUGACAUUGAGGCCUAUGCUAUAUGAUAAAGAGAAAUGCACAGAAAUUUUCAAACCAGAUAAGUGUUCUUAUAUAGCUGUAGAGAGAAACAAUCCUUCUGAACUCUGUCAAGUCGGAUACUAUAUGGGUUAAGAACUCCGUCUCCUCCUUAAGAUGUUGCUGACAGUCAUCCCAAUGGAACUUGCCCAUGCUGGAAGCAAUGGCCCUUUCCUUGGAAUUCAGAGCAUCAGAGGCUGGGAACCAUGUUGAUAUUGGCUUGAAUCUUCAUUAUAUUGAAAGCAUUGUCAAGUCUUAGGCACACUGAUUUAAACCAUAAAGCACCACCUCUCUGGCCUGUGAGAUCCUCUAGACACCUAGCUUGUGCUCCUAUCUCCUGUAAUCUGUAAUCUGUAGUCUGAUGAAUUCCCAAAGAAAUAUAUUGUCCUAUAGCAUGAAA